UGUCCCUCGGACACAGCGGAUCACCGAUCAUGGAAAGAGCCGAAGAUGUCGGCUCGGUCAUGUGAUCAGCUGUGUCCAAUCACAGCUGAUCACAUGUAAACACUGAUCAUCAGGGCACUGAUGAUCAGUGUGCCCUGAUGAUCAGUGUAGCCCCAGCAGUGCCACCUGUCAAAGUCCAUCAGUGCCAGCUGUCAGUGCCGAUCAGUGCCACGUGCCAGUGCCUAUCAGUGCCACAUCAAUGCCACAUUUCAGUGCCCAUCAGUGCCACAUCAAUGCCACAUAUCAGUGCAUACCAGUGCACAUCAAUGCCACAUAUCAGUGCCCAUCUGAGCUGCCUUUCAGUGUCAUCCAUCAGU